CUGAAGGCAGCAUCUGUGACUCGCGUUGUGCCAGCUGUCUGCCCGCUCGCGCACACCGCAAAGAUCAAGCACCGACGAGAGGGUUAGAGAAACGGAGAUUGGCUGCCAACAUGGGGUCCAUGCGCAUUCUCAUCAAGGGAGGCAAAGUGGUCAAUGAUGACUUCACCCAGGAAGCUGAUGUUUACAUCGAAAACGGAAUCAUUCAGCAGGUCGGAAAGGAGUUGAUGAUUCCAGGCGGCGCCAAGGUGAUCGACGCCUCUGGAAAGCUGGUGCUGCCCGGCGGGAUUGACACCUCUGUGCAUCUGGAGCAGACGUUCAUGAACGCCGCCAUCCAGGAUGACUUUUACAGCGGCACCAAGGCGGCUCUGAUGGGCGGCACCACCAUGGUGAUGGCCCACGUCCUGCCUGAGCAGCACUGCUCCCUGGUGGAUGCUUACGAGCAGUGCCGAGCUCUCGCUGACGCAAAGGCGUGCUGCGACUACGCUCUGCAUGUCGGCGUGACCUGGUGGGGGCCAAAGGUGCGUAAUGAGAUGGAGACCCUGGUGAGGGAACAUGGAGUCAACUCCUUCCAGAUGUCCAUGGCCUACAAAGACAUGAUGAUGCUGAGGGACUCAGAACUCUACCAGGCACUGCAGACCUGUAAGGACAUUGGGGCCAUUGCACGCGUGCACGCCGAGAACGGAGAGCUGGUGGCAGAGGGCGCUAGAGAGGCUCUGGAUUUGGGUAUAAGUGGACCCGAAGGUAUUGAAGUCAGCCGGCCUGAGGAGCUGGAGUCUGAGGCUACCCACAGAGCAGUCACCAUCGCUAAUAGGGCUCACUGCCCAAUUUAUCUGGUGAACGUUUCCUGCAUGGGAGCUGGAGACAUGGUCGCUGCCGCUAAGAUGCAGGGUAAGGUGGUCCACGCUGAGACCACAGUUGCUCAUGCAGUGCUGAACGGGAUGCAAUACUACCACCAAGACUGGCCUCAUGCUGCCGCCCAUGUCAUCGUCCCCCCUCUGCGCCUUGACCCCAACACGCCAGGCUACUUGAUGGGCCUGUUGGGCAAUGACACCCUGAGUGUUGUGGCGUCAGAGCAUCGUCCUUUUAGCACCAAGCAGAGAGCUUUGGGCAAGGAGGACUUCACCAAGAUCCCCCAUGGUGUGCCUGGGGUCCAGGACAGGAUGAGCGUCAUCUGGGAGCGGGGUGUGGUUACAGGAAAGAUGGAUGAGAAUCGUUUUGUGGCCGUGACCAGCUCUAAUGCUGCCAAGAUCUACAACUUGUACCCGCGCAAAGGUCGCAUCAUCCCUGGAGCAGAUGCUGACGUGGUGGUGUGGGAUCCAGAUGCGACAAGGACCAUCUCUGUCAGCACUCAGGUGCAAGGCGGAGACUUCAACCUGUACGAGGGGCUGCGCUGCCACGGCGUCCCCCUGGUCACCAUCAGCCGAGGACGUCUGGUGUGCGAGAACGCCACGUUCAUGUGCGCCGAGGGCUCCGGGAAAUUCUACCCACAGCGUACCUUCCCUGAUUUCCUCUACAAGAAGAUGGUGCAGAGGGAGAAGGCUCAGGCUUACAAAGGCGUGGACAGGGAUCCCUACUCUGGUGAUGUGGUUAAGGUCACCAACGCGAUGAAGAAGGAGCUUGGUUUGAGCCCCACUGACGGAGACGGAACCAACAAAGGUGUUAUUAGGGUGCAACAAGGCGUCCGAGACCUCCAUGAGUCCUCCUUUAGCCUCUCGGGCUCUCAGGUUGACGACCAUAUCCCCAAGAGGUCCUCUGCUAGGAUCCUGGCCCCUCCCGGCGGCCGCUCUAGCGGAAUCUGGUAAUCUGUGGUCUGGAGAGAAAUCCAAGAAACCGCCCAAGCCUCCUUGUUUUGUAUAUUUUUCUGAACAACCAAGAAAACUGCACUGAUUUUUAAAAAACAAAUGUUUAAUGCUAAAAGGGAAAACAGUGAUUGGCAAAGACUUCACUUGUAGGUGGAGUGACUGAUGUGAUCAAAUAGGCAUUAAUGUAUGAACUCAAAUCCAAAAUCAAGCUAAUCAUGAACUGACUACUUGUUGUUAAGCUGCUAGAUGAAAGAAACUAAAACUGAACACUAAAAAAAAACAGUACAGUUUUUAACGGGUUGAAGUGAAAAGAUGUCGACUUAAAUAUCUAAAAAUAGUAGAACUGCAUUCUGUGAAACAGCUCCUGUCACACAUCUGUAGACGCACACACACACAAAAUUGUGUUUUUGUUUUCCAUGGAUGGAUGGAUCUGUGCCGUGUGGUGAUGACAUCCAAUUGCUUAUCACACCGUGUUGUCUCACACAGGAUGCCGUCUAUCAUCAAGAUAACACUCAACAGGUCGCAUAGAUGUGGCAUUCUGCAAUAUUUAUGUAGCUAUGACAUCACACAGAUGUUUACAUAACAUGUGCAUCGAAAUGGACAUUUGUAACCUGUCUGACUCCGCCCCCUUUGCACUGGGUCGAGGGAAAUAAGCCAAAAGCUUGAGCCGUCAGCUUGUUGUCCUGGGGAAGUAAGGAUUACACAUGUGGUGCCGCACAGUCGCACGAGCUGGCAUUAGUUACACACACAUACAGUAUACGAGAUGUGACAAACAUGAUAGCUCACAGAUGAAAGGUUAUUACAACCUUUAUCGAUACACCCGUGUCAGCUUGGACUUGUUAGGCUUAAAAAAGGCAUUUUGGCAAAUAGCUCUAUUAGAGUUACAGCCAGUCGUGAGAAAUGUUGGCUCGAGGCAAACGAAGGUGGCGAUCUGACAAAAUCUGGUGGUUAGCAUCACUAAACGAGUCUCAGCAGGGCAGAAAGAUUGAGCUACACAUGCGAAAACAAGCACAGAUCCUCCCACCUCAUUGUCAUUCCUUUAUUAUAUUUCUACAUGACCACUUCCCUGUGUUUAUGUACUGUGCAUUUAGGAUGCUUUCUUUUAGUGAAAAAGAAUAAACGUGCCAAUGUGAGUCACCCGUACCGCACACAAACGCCAUGCACGAAGAGAACCAAGCGGGAUGGAUUGCCACAGGUUCACAACUGGUGCUGUUUUUUUUUUUACGAUGGGUGUUCAUUUUGUUGUUGUUUAGAAGGCACUGUGCAUUGUCAGUGACUCUGUGUUGUGAAUUAUUGUUUUGUGGGAAAGUGAACCCGUUGAUAUGUAUUGUGGCUGCUUGUUUCUUAUCACUAAAGUAUUGGAAACAAUAAAUUGACAAAAACUGUA